GAGUCGUCCCUACCACCCUCCCCCAGCCCCGGAGACCUAGGCGGGGACCCCGGGAUCGGACGUCCCCGCGCCUCCGGGCACCUGGCUCAGCAGGAGUCCCCCGGGUCGGGGCAGGGCGGGGUCGGCAGCGGCGAGCCCGAGCCCGCCCGGCGCCCAGGCCCCUCGGAGCCCUCAGAACCCACCCAUGGGGUACCGGCUCCCCGCGUCCCCUCGCCCGGCCGCGCCCAGCUCGGCGCCCCCAGCCGCGCAGAGGAGGAGCCCGGCGCAGUGACCCGGGAGCCGCUGCAGGAAGCCUCGGCGGCGGCGGCGGCGGCGGCGGCGGCGGCUGGAGAGGCAGGCGGUUCCCCGCACCUCCAGGCGCUUCCAGGCAGCCCUCCAAGCCGUGCCAGAGGCCCGGCUGGCCAUUCUCAGACAGAAGACGGACGCCCAGACAGGAGCCACGCAGAGGAGGCCAAGGCCGCCAGCAAGAGGCUGCAAGGCCGGGUCCAGGGCCUCCUGACACCCGCUCCCCGCUCUGUGCCACAGUCCCGAGCCAUGAUGAAGACCCUGUCCAGCGGGAACUGCACGCUCAGCGUGCCCGCCAAGAACUCGUACCGCAUGGUGGUGCUGGGCGCCUCGCGGGUGGGCAAAAGCUCCAUCGUCUCCCGCUUCCUCAACGGCCGCUUCGACGACCAGUAUACGCCCACCAUCGAGGACUUCCACCGGAAGGUCUACAACAUCCGGGGCGACAUGUACCAGCUGGACAUCCUGGACACGUCCGGCAACCACCCCUUCCCUGCCAUGCGCAGGCUGUCGAUCCUCACAGGGGAUGUCUUCAUCUUGGUGUUCAGCCUGGAUAACCGGGAGUCCUUCGACGAGGUCAAGCGCCUCCAGAAGCAGAUCCUGGAGGUCAAGUCCUGCCUGAAGAACAAGACCAAGGAGGCGGGGGAGCUGCCCAUGGUCAUCUGCGGCAACAAGAACGACCAUGGCGAGCUGUGCCGCCAGGUGCCCGCCACCGAGGCCGAGCUGCUGGUGUCGGGGGACGAGAACUGCGCCUACUUCGAGGUGUCGGCCAAGAAGAACACCAACGUGGACGAGAUGUUCUACGUGCUCUUCAGCAUGGCCAAGCUGCCCCACGAGAUGAGCCCCGCCCUGCACCGCAAGAUCUCCGUGCAGUACGGCGACGCCUUCCACCCCCGGCCCUUCUGCAUGCGCCGCGUCAAGGACGUGGACGCCUACGGCAUGGUCUCGCCCUUUGCCCGCCGCCCCAGCGUCAACAGUGACCUCAAGUACAUCAAGGCCAAGGUCCUUCGGGAGGGCCAGGCCCGUGAGAGGGACAAAUGCACCAUCCAGUGAGCGGGAGGGAUGCCGGGGUGGGCGCUUGGGCGGUGCC